UCUCUACUCCUUGGCUGUCAAAAAUCACUUCGGUCGGUCUCCAGAACUUUUACAUAAUCUUGCACCUUAAAAUUCAGUGAGAAGCAUCAUGUCGCUCACACAAAUUGCGCGUAGCUGCGGUCGCCUGGCGGUGGCGAUGAAAACAGUGCGGGUUGCAAGCGCAGUUGGCCAGACACAGUUGCGAAUGCUGCACAGGAUUGCUAUGCCGGCCGUGAGCACUCAGCUCUGCCAGAAGUCUUGCGUGGAAAAUAAGAUCACACAGCGUAAUUAUUCAGCUAAAAGUACCAUUGAAGAUAUCAAGUGUCGUGUUUUGAAAGUCGUCUCCUCUUACGAUAAAGACAGCAGAUGUAGCUGGCAAACGCAAUUGGUGCGCAAAUACUCGGCGAAACCGCCAUUGUCCCUGAAGCUCAUCAACGAGCGUGUGUUGCUUGUGCUGAAGCUGUAUGACAAGAUCGAUCCCAGCAAGCUUAACGUGGACUCGCACUUUAUUAAUGAUCUGGGUUUGGAUUCCCUGGACCAUGUCGAGGUUAUUAUGGCCAUGGAGGAUGAGUUCGGCUUUGAGAUUCCAGAUUCUGAUGCAGAAAAACUGCUUAAACCUGCCGACAUUAUUAAAUACGUCGCCGACAAGGAAGAUGUGUAUGAAUAAAUGUAAACCAUGAAAAACAUAACACUAAUUUAAAGUAGAAGGGUCAAAUUCAAUUUGAACAAUUGAAAAUAAACAUUUAACGUUAAACCAAAAAAUUAAAAA